UCCCCGCGGCACCUGUUUCCACCCGGGCGACACUACCCCCUUCGCCCACUUCAAAAAUGGCGGCGGCGGCGCCUUCCCCGUAUUAUUCCCACGCGGCGAAGCGGUUUCCGGAAGUGCCCUGAGGGCGCGCCGGAAGCGGGUCCGCCGGCGCCGUUCCCCCGCGGCCGGGAUGAGCAAGGCGUGGCGGCGCGGCAGGAUGGAGGGCGGCGAGCAGGGGGACGAGCCGGCGGGCGGCGGGCACGGCGCGCACAAGAAGAAGCACAAGAAGCACAAGAAGAAACACAAGAAGAAGCACCGGCAGGAGGAGGCGGCGCCGCCGCAGCCGCAGCUCCGGCUCCGCAUCAAACUGGGGGGGCAGGUGCUGGGCACCAAGAGCGUCCCGACCUUCACGGUGGUCCCCGAGGCGCGGCGCUCGCCGUCGCCGCUGAUGGUGGUGGACGAGGAGGAGGAGGAGGCGACGGAGGGAGUGCCCAUCGAGCAGUACCGGGCCUGGCUGGAUGAGGACAGCAACCUGGACCCCUCGCCCCUGCCCGACCUCGACUCCGAGAGCGGAUUCCCCCCCCCGGAGGACGAGGAGGAGGAGGAGGAGCGCUGGCUCGACGCGCUGGAGAAGGGCGAGCUGGACGACAACGGGGAGCUCAAAAAGGAGGUGGACGAGUCCCUCCUGACGGCCCGGCAGAAAGCCCUCCUGCACAAGCAGCAGGCGCAGCCGCUGCUGGAGCUGCCCAUGGGCUACAAGGCGAAGGAGCUGACGGAGGAGAUGCUGGUGAAGCGCGAGGAGCGGGCGCGCAAGCGGCGCCUGCAGGCGGCCAAGAAGGCGGAGGAGAACAAGAACCAAACCAUCGAGCGCCUCACCAAGACCAACAAGGCCAAGGUGAAGACGCUGCGCGACCGCAAGGCCAAGCCGGCCUCCUGCCCCGUCGUCCGCUACCGCGACACGGCCGAGCGCGUCACCAUCUCCUUCCCGGCGGGCGCCGCGCUGCCGCUGCCGCCCACCCCGGCGCCCGCCGUGCCCGCGCCCGUGCUCUGCGCCGUCGCCGGCUGCUCCAACCGCAAGCGCUACAGCUGCUCGCGCACCGGGCGGCCGCUCUGCAGCCUCGCCUGCUACCGCCGCAACCUGCAGCUGCAGGAGGCUGCGGCCUAGGACUGAGCGGCGGCUGCGGACUGCGGGGUCUCAGCAGGGACUGAGGGGGGCGGGAGGGGAUUGGGGGGGCGCA